GCUGCUCUUACCCACCACAGUUCUCUGCAGACUCUCUGCCCAGCACAGACCAGCCUUUGCCUGCUUAGUAAUGGAGGUCCGCCAGGUCUUUCUGGAAGAGAUGGAUACCCUGGUUUACAAGGACCAAGAGGCAAACAAGGCGAGAAAGGAGACCCUGGGCCACCAGGCCUGCCUGCUUCUCAGGAUGCUCAACUCCAACGAAUGCUCAGUGAAUUAAAGCACAGAAUCACCAGAAUGGAAAGAGUCUUGGCUUUGAAUGGAAAGAUUGUAGUAGCUGGAGAUAAAAUGUUUGCCACUACUGAGAAGACAGCCGACUUUGACAACAGUGUAAAAAUAUGCAAAAGAGCUCAAGGUUCCAUUGCAGCUCCAACAAACAAGAAUGAGAAUGAUGCUAUUAUGAGUUUUGUAAAAUGGUAUAAUACGUAUGCUUAUCUGGGCAUUACUGAGGGGCAUGUUCCUGGGGAGUUCCAUUUCCUAAAUGGGACACCCCUAAAUUUUACAAACUGGUAUGAGGAUGAGCCCAUGGGCAAAGGGACAGAGAAAUGUGUGGAAAUGUACACGGAUGGCACCUGGAAUGAUAAAGUGUGCAAUAAAUACCGCCUCACUGUCUGUCAGCUUUAAACCAAACUCCACUGCAGACCUUAAUACCAGGGGAGUUUCCUAAAAUAUGCAUAAGUCGAGGUUGCACCUAUGAAUCAGAAUAACUGAACAUUCCAUAUUGUAUAACUGAUAAGUCUGUGAUUAUGGUGUUUCUGAAAAGGGAAAUCAAUAUUCCGUAUGAUGUAACUGAUAAGUCUGUAAUUAUGAUGUGUCAGAAAAAGGAAAUCAAUAAAACACAAUGCAUUAA